CCCUCAUCUGAUUAGGUUUCUUGAGGACGCUCACCGAGACAAUUCUUGCGUCGAACAACCCACUCAAUUAUCAUAUAUAUUGACAUCCCGACCCCGCAUCCAUCAGGCAACCCCCCUCGCAACAACAAUGCAGCCUCAUCUCCCCGAAGGAGGCAAGACCCUGGUCUACUUCACCAUCGACAAUCACGAUGUCAAGCUAGACUACUACCUCCCCCCCGCCACCAGCGGAAACCUUCCCGCCAUCAUCUACUACCACGGCGGCGGAAUGACAGCCGGUUCACGACGAGGCCGAGGAUUCCCCCACUGGCUAUACAACCACUGCCAACAAAACAACUACAUCUUCAUCUCCGCCGACUACCGCCUCUGCCACCCAACCACAGCACUCGACCAAAUCACCGACGCAAAAGCCCUCUUCACCUACCUCUCCGGACCCUUCCAAUCCGCCCUCCCCCCCAACCUCACCCUGGACACCACCCGCAUCGCCGUAACCGGCUUCUCAGCAGGCGGCUUCUCCGCCCGCGCAGCCUGCGUCUACGCCUCCCCCAAACCCGCCGCUUUGCUCACCGGCUACGGAAGCUGCGGUGACUGGCUCCUCGAUCACUGGACGACAGCCCGGCCGCCUACUUCCAUCGCUAAGAUGGUCGACUUGGAUGCCGUUCCACAGUUACUGGCGGAUAAGACUGUCGUGAGCGACGAUAUGCCUGCGGAAGGCGGGAUGAUGUCGAAUAGGUUUGCGUUGACCGUGAGGUGGGAGCUCGAUGGGACGUUUCUGGAUGGGUGUUUGGGCAGACCGGGGCUGGGGGCGGAGUUGAAUAAGGUGGGGUAUGAGGAAAGGGAGGCGAAGAUUCCCGAGGACUUGAAACCUGCGUUUCUGCAGUUGUUUGUGGAUGAGACGUAUCCGCCUUCGGUGUUUGUGCAUGGGACGGCGGAUGAGGUGGUUCCUGAUCAGGAGAGUAGGACGCAUUAUGAACGGUUGAGGGAGUUGGGAGUUAAGACGGAGUUGUUGUUGGUGGAGGGGGGUGGGCAUGGACUGGUGGACUUUAGUGGGGGGUUUCCGCCGAAGCCGGCCAAGGGGUCGGUCGAGGCGUAUAAUCGGGGGUUGGAGUUUAUUGAUGAGGUUUUUGGGUCGGUUUAGGGGGUGUCUAGAUGUAGUAGACAUACUAUAGGGAGGAUGUGAAUCACAUGAUUUGUCUGGACCCCUGGGGAUCCAUGGAUAAUGAAUCCGAACACACACCUCUGAGCGUAAUCUUGCAGACAGCAUAUGGAGCCAAGGCUGACAAGACCAUUAAAUGAUUGCUUCUCUGCAGGGUCAAGGUGGGGACGAUACGAGUAAGAGGUGGGGAUACAGCUACCAACC